UGAAGUAGAAACCUAUAUUAGGGGAAAACCAGGGUCCUCGGCAUUUUUCGCGAGCAGUGCACCCAGAAUCUAAAAAGAUUUUUUAAAAAGAAGAAAGAAAGAAACCACAGUUCUUUUGGUCGCCGGAACAGGGCUAUGAAAUCGCUCCACUGGACAUCAGCUCCGAAGAUUCAUUUUUGAGGUCAAUUUCCAAUCGAGAUAAAUCAAUUGGAUUAGUAGGAUUAUCUGAUUGCAGCUGAAAGAAGUAACGUUGUUUGAUCAUUUGUAUUUCUUGCCUUACGGUCGGAUUUACACGGAGGUGGCUUUGGGUCCCGAGGAUUCUGGAUUGUGCUUGCAUCUGGAGAGAAGAAAGGAUCAAUCGACACGUUUUGGAAGUGUCCGUGGGUGAAUAAAAAAAAGGUGUGUGGGGGUGUGCAAAACUGGGGUUGCGGCUGAAAGGAAGAAAAAAAUAAAUAAAGGAAGCAUCUUGAAUUCUGAAACAAGAAUUACUGGGUGCUCGAGAUUCAAAAAAAAAAAAAGCCUCUAGUAUUGGUCUGGUAUAUACUUUGACCAAUUCAGCUUGAAUUUGACGGCGAAGUGUUGUAGAAACUGUCUCCUUGAUUACUGAAAGGGGACAGGGGGAAGAUGAGGGGGCUCCCUCUGUGGAUUUACCUUACUAAGGGUUAUAGAACUGCAGCUAACUGGAUUUGAUUUAUAAGAGGGAAAUCUACAGUCGACGGCCACUCUUGUCACUAUGGAAAACAGAAUGGUCAAUAGGAUAUGGCCUGAUAAAUAGUGAGGAUUGAAGAUGCUGCUCCAAUGCAUGUGAAAUCAAUGGGAGAGACUGGCUGCCUGAAGAGCUUCCUGAGCUUUUCUUGACAAGCUCACCUUUAAGAAUUUGGAGGUAUAUUCUACCAUCAUACGGUCUUUCUCAAGUGGAUACAAAUACCUUUUCCUCACUGUAACUGAACACCUACACAGCUCAUGUGGGACCAUGGCACUGCCCAGAUGCACGUGGCCAAACUACGUCUGGAGAGCAGGAACUGCAUGCUUGGUGCGCAGUGGAUUGGGUGCCUCGUGGACUCUCUGCCUGCUGGGAUGUUUGCUUCAGGCUGCCCAUGUGCUCUCACAAAAACUGGACGAUGCAGAUCCACUGGUAACUACCAACUUCGGGAAGAUAAGAGGGAUUAAGAAAGAACUCAAUAAUGAAAUAUUGGGGCCUGUUAUUCAGUUUCUUGGGGUUCCAUAUGCAGCCCCACCAACAGGGGAGCACCGUUUUCAGCCUCCAGAAUCACCCUCUCCCUGGUCAGAUAUCAAGAAUGCCACUCAGUUUGCUCCUGUGUGUCCCCAGAAUAUUAUUGAUGGGAGAUUGCCAGAAGUCAUGCUUCCUGUGUGGUUUACUAAUAACUUGGAUGUAGUUUCAUCGUACGUACAAGACCAGAGUGAAGACUGCCUGUAUUUAAACAUCUAUGUGCCAACUGAGGAUGGUCCCCUUACAAAGAAACAGACAGAUGAUUUAGGUGAUAAUGACGGUGCUGAAGAUGAAGAUAUUCGGGAUAGUGGGGGUCCCAAACCAGUGAUGGUGUAUAUCCAUGGUGGCUCAUAUAUGGAAGGUACUGGAAAUUUAUAUGAUGGGAGUGUCUUGGCAAGUUAUGGCAAUGUGAUCGUCAUCACAGUCAACUAUCGACUUGGGGUACUUGGUUUCUUGAGUACAGGGGAUCAAGCUGCUAAAGGAAACUAUGGACUCCUUGAUCUCAUACAGGCUUUAAGAUGGACUAGUGAGAACAUUGGAUUCUUCGGUGGUGACCCCUUAAGAAUCACUGUUUUUGGAUCUGGCGCUGGUGGUUCAUGUGUCAAUCUGCUGACUUUAUCCCAUUAUUCUGAAGGUAACCGUUGGAGCAAUUCAACCAAAGGACUCUUUCAACGAGCAAUAGCUCAAAGUGGAACAGCGCUUUCCAGCUGGGCUGUUAGUUUCCAGCCUGCAAAAUAUGCUAGAAUGUUGGCCACAAAAGUUGGUUGCAAUGUUUCAGAUACGGUAGAGUUAGUAGAAUGCCUACAGAAGAAGCCUUACAAAGAACUUGUUGACCAAGAUAUUCAACCAGCACGAUAUCACAUAGCCUUUGGACCUGUGAUUGACGGCGAUGUAAUACCGGAUGACCCUCAGAUACUGAUGGAACAAGGAGAGUUUCUCAACUAUGAUAUAAUGUUAGGCGUUAACCAAGGGGAAGGGUUGAAAUUUGUUGAAAAUAUAGUGGACAGCGAUGAUGGUAUAUCAGCUAGUGAUUUCGACUUUGCUGUUUCCAAUUUCGUUGAUAAUUUAUAUGGAUAUCCUGAAGGCAAAGAUGUUUUGAGAGAAACCAUUAAAUUCAUGUACACUGACUGGGCUGACCGUCAUAACCCAGAAACCAGAAGGAAGACCUUAUUGGCUUUGUUUACAGACCAUCAGUGGGUGGCACCAGCUGUAGCUACAGCAGAUCUUCACUCAAACUUCGGUUCACCUACAUAUUUCUAUGCCUUUUACCAUCAUUGCCAAACAGAUCAGGUCCCAGCUUGGGCUGAUGCAGCUCAUGGAGAUGAGGUUCCCUAUGUACUAGGAAUCCCCAUGAUUGGACCUACAGAGUUAUUUCCUUGCAAUUUCUCCAAAAAUGAUGUGAUGCUGAGUGCAGUUGUAAUGACAUACUGGACAAAUUUUGCUAAAACUGGUGACCCAAAUCAACCAGUCCCUCAAGAUACAAAAUUCAUUCAUACCAAGCCCAACCGUUUUGAAGAGGUAGCAUGGACCAGAUAUUCCCAGAAAGAUCAACUUUAUCUCCAUAUUGGAUUAAAACCAAGGGUUAAAGAACAUUAUAGAGCCAACAAAGUGAACCUCUGGCUGGAGCUGGUACCUCAUCUGCAUAAUCUCAAUGACAUUUCUCAGUAUACCUCCACAACAACUAAAGUGCCAUCAACUGACAUCACAUUCAGACCGACGAGAAAAAAUUCUGUACCGGUCACUUCAGCCUUUCCCACUGCCAAGCAGGAUGAUCCCAAACAACAACCAAGCCCAUUUUCAGUGGAUCAAAGGGACUAUUCCACAGAGCUGAGCGUCACUAUUGCAGUUGGAGCAUCAUUGCUGUUCCUAAACAUCUUGGCCUUUGCAGCCCUGUACUACAAAAAGGAUAAGCGGAGACAUGAUGUUCACAGGAGAUGCAGCCCUCAGCGCACCACCACCAAUGAUCUGACCCAUGCACAAGAAGAGGAGAUCAUGUCCCUCCAAAUGAAGCACACUGAUUUGGAUCAUGAAUGUGAGUCCAUCCAUCCACAUGAGGUGGUUCUUCGGACCGCCUGCCCCCCAGAUUAUACACUAGCUAUGAGGCGGUCACCUGAUGAUGUUCCCUUAAUGACACCCAACACCAUCACAAUGAUCCCCAACACUAUACCAGGAAUUCAGCCCUUACACACAUUCAAUACAUUUACUGGAGGACAGAACAAUACUCUGCCCCAUCCCCAUCCUCACCCCCAUUCACAUUCAACAACCAGGGUAUAGCCAGAUAAGAGAAACAAACUCUAUUUUUUUUUUUUUUUGAUGGAUCACAGUAAAAGAUUACUGAAGAUUCCUUGGCUUUCAACCUACAAGACUCUUACUAUUUAAAUAAGGAGGAAUAUUAUGUGAAUAUACAUAUCAAGAACUUUGGGGGUUUUGGAAAAAAAUGAAUUGUACAUAUAUACACAAAUCAACUUUAAAAAUGAAUUUCAAUUGCUUGAAGCAAUUGUUCUGAAUGAUACUUUUUCAUUCACAUUCAAGAUUAAUUUUUUGAAGAUUUAUGUUACAUAAUGGAAUUAGGCAUGUGGAACACCAACCAGGAAAGACCUAUGUCUGAAUUAUAAAAAUAAAAAUAAAAAAGCAACCAUGAAUAUGCACAAGGGACACACCAAUGGAAUGUCAGAUAAUUUUCACCAGGUUUUAUUUGGAGCUGUUUAAUUGUGUAGACCAUAUUUACAUACUUGGAUAAGUACACAAAGCACCAGUGCUGUUAAUGGCCUUAGCAGAGGCUCAUGCUGAAAUCUGCCAGUAAAACAAAGAAGUUUAAAGACUGGCAGGUACAACAUUAUCACAUAAGUGCUGUCAGUAUAAAGUUGUGGGAAUAAAGGAAACUGGAUAUUUUUAGCACGAUGUGCAUGAUAAUUUAUAUGCUUGGUGGCUGUGCUGCUGAUUAAGCCGUAAUUAAAAUUCUUCUCAUCCCAUUGGAGUUUUUCAUAGAAGCUUCCUCCAUCAAUUGGCAGAACCUAAAGAAGAUUUUAAGGGGCAAAAGUAAUUACGAUUAAAUAAUUCACAGUAGUUUUGAUACUAGAAGGAAUUAGGUAUUAAAGGUAUGUGAAGAAAUUAUAGGUUUAGUGGUGAAUACUCACUGAUAUGAAUCCCAGAAAAAAAAAAUUCCCUGUUUUUAAUGUUCUUUUCAUUCCCAUCUAAGUAUUUUAUAGAAGUAACUUCCCUAAUUGGACACGUGUUACAGGAUCUAUAAUUUUCUGUGGUUUUUGUUACUCUGUAUUUUGUUCCUUUAGGUAAGGUGAAGUGUGUCCAGAGAGUUAUUUUCAACAGUCUUUAAGAUAUGCGGAUGCCCCAAAUUACCACUCUGAUUACAGUUCUCAGUUAAUUGAUUUACUCAUGUUGCAUGACAAAGUGUUUACUAAUAAUAAUUCAGUAUAAAGUUAUGUCCCUCCUCACAUCACUUAUCUUUCUUACCGAGGUUCAUUCACUGGCAUUUACUCACACAAUCUCAGUAGAGUACAAUGUAGAUACAGAACCUAGAAGCAGAGUCAACACUUGGAGGAUUUUAGUCUCACACAUAUGUGUGAUUUUAGAUGAAUAUUCUGAGAUCACAGGAAACUCUUCAUCCCCCUGUUGUUUACCAGUAACAGUAUAUCAGAGACCUUUCCAAAUGUUUGUAUAUGUAAUCAGAUGUACAUUUAUAUGAAAAAAAAUUGAGAUGGACUUAAAGAGCACAUCCUGAUAAAUACUUUCUCUCUUACCUGUACUAUAUUUCUAUUAGACUAAAGUUAUGUGGUUUUUUUUUACAUUUUUUCAGAUGACUAGCAAUUUUGAUAGUUUGUAAGAUAAUGCAAAGAACUUUCUCUGAGAAACUAACUGCAGUAACAGAAACCUUUCUUUUCAGUUACUCUUUUUCAAGAAUGAAAGCUUAUUAUACAAAAAAAAAAUUGUAUACUACUUGAUGGAAACAACUUUGUACAUCUCGGCCAUGUCACUGGUCAUUGCGUGAAAUAAAGAUAAUCUGGAAAAUGACUAUUAGUCCAAUGCUAAGAGACAUGAUCUUUGCUCAUUAAAGAGCUAAAAUGUUUAUUGCUGUUUUGUCUUUUUUGAAAAAAAACAAAAAACAAAAAACAAAAACAAAUGAAACACGACUGUCUCAGAGAGUCAUUUUUCUAGACCAGUCGGGUUUUUGAAGACAUGUAGGUAACUUCUACAGAAAACACACCAUGUAUUUAAAAGGCAAGUCUCAUCUAAGAUGAAACUGAUGAAACUUUAACAUUAUGAAUUUAUAAGCCCAGGAACUCAUGAAAAAUGUUAGCUUUGUAUUUUUAAACACCUCUUAUGUGAAAGUGUUGUAGAAAUAAAAUGUGCCAAUUGUUUCAGUUAGAAACACAUAUUCUGAUUCUAAUAUCAAAGACAAGCUCUUUUGGAAAUAAAUGUGCAAUAUUUCUUUGUGAGAAUAGCUAGGUUCAGAAUAUUAGGGUGAUUAAACUAUCAUAAAGUAAUGGAUAGAAACUUUUCUAAGAGAAUUUAAAAGUUGCUCAAUGCUGAGCAAGACAUUGAGCUGACACUAAAAGAUAAAAUCUAUUUCAAGGAAUUUCUUUAGUUAGAAUCCCCACCCCCUAUUAUUAACUAUUAGUAAAAUAUAGACAUUGUUCCAUAACUCCAAAUAAAAAGUCUCUGUUAGAAGCAAACAGUCUUCAAAAUCCAGAGUGGUCUACAAGUAGAUUUUGCCUGACGUGGUUAUGCUUUUAGACUGUGAACUGCCAAAUAUAAACCAAUAAAAGGAAUUGUUUAGCAUCUGAAAUAUUGUUUAAUUAGAAAACCGUUUUUCUCUAUAUUGACCAACAAAAGAUAAACACAGAAAUAGAAAUGACAACAAAAUAAUGUAUGAAUGAAACCUUUCAUAUGCAUUACUUCACUUAGCAAAAGCAAACAUUCUAACAUUCUAUUAUAUUUUAAUGAUGGUCAUAUUUAUAUCUACCUACCUAUCUCUUCCUCUGAGUGUAUCUAGCAAUCAAUCUACCUAUCUAUACCAUAACUGACAUCUAUUUGAUAUUCAGUUAGGGAGAUGAUUUAGGAAAACAAAGCAUAGCCCUAUUCUUUUCUAAAUUAAUGCAGUAUCAACUUUGUGGAAGAUAAAGCAGUUCAGGGUUUUAUUACUGUUCUCAAGUCAAGAUAAAAUCAUUGUAAAUGAAUUGUAGUUGCUAGUUUUAUAUAUAAUUGCAGCAGCUAGUUUUAUGACUGUAAAAUGAUAUCCCACAAUAAGUAGAACAUUAAGAACUGUUUUUAAAGCUGAAACAUAAUUUUGAAAUGCAAGAAAUCUUUUGAAUAUUGUUAUUAAAUUUUAAGCAAUAUAUUUAAAAUGAACUUAUUUAAUUGAUGAUAUUCUUUGAAUAAAAGUAAGUCACAAAAUUAAAAAGAGUAUUUUUGGCAUUACUUAAUAAUUCAGAUUUUCCUGCCUCCAAUUAAAUUAUAAAUAUUCAAGGCUGCUUAGAAUUUAUAUAAACAUUAAGCCAAAAUGGACUUUAUGUCAUUUAUUAUUAUAUAAAAUUAUUGCUAAAUGUUUAUAAACAGAUUAAUGUUGCAUUAGAGUAUGAGAUUAGAAGUAUAAAAGUGACAAAUUUCAAAGUUUUAAACUUUUAUUGAAUAUGUUGACUGUGAACAAAAUCUAGUUGACUACUAUGGAUGUAUCACAAGGUUCUUCACUUACACUUAUGGAAAUUGGAAAGUCAUUUGCUAAAGCAUAAAAAUAAUCCAUUUGAAUUCAUAGAGAUCAUGCUAGCAGCUCAAAGCAGAAAAUCUAAAUAUAGGUUAUUUCAUCCCUCAUUUUAAAUUUAAAAGUUGACUAUAAAGAUGCUUUAAUUCAGAUUUUUUUGAUCUGUACAACAUGAAAAUAGAACAAAAUUUUAAAAAUCCUAUCUAAUACUAAAGAGGAAAACAGAAUGCACUAAUUUUCUGACAGAAAAGAAAUGCCAAAACUCAAUUGUUUUAUCUAUAACAUAUUCUCAGUUAUUUCACCUGUUGACAUACUUAUACUAACAAAUACAUUAAAGUCAGGAAAAGAUACAAAAAAUGUGAUAAAUGUGUUCCAGCUUUAAAGACACUGCUACAUAGGAAUUACUGGGAUUCUUUUCUCUGGUGAGUUUCACUGAAAUAGUUUCACAGGGAAAAUGAUGAGUAGAAUUUUUAGGAGGCUGUCAAAUAUCAUGGCAGCCCUUUGAUGUUUUUCUUCUGUGUUACUGAUUCAAAGUACUGGCUUCUUCCUUCACUUGUAGUAAUUAGUUGUUAUAGACUAUCACUUUUUAAUGUGAGUGAAAAUUAGAUAAUUUGGUUAUACAUAUGAAAACAUGCUCCCAAAUAAAUUCAAUUAAUGGGCACUUCCAUGCUGAGAUUUUGUUAUCAUUCAUUUAAUUAUCUUGUCAAGCUUUACUCUUAAUGACAGUUGUUUUGCCUUUUUAAUCAAUAAACUAAGGGAAUUUCUCUAACAGCCUUAUACCUCUCCUGCACUUGAUAUAAUAAAAUACAUUUCAGAUUUCCAUCAGAAGUCUCUCAAGAGGUAUCCUAUUUAUGUGAAACAUUUGGUAGCCAACGUGCUUCUUUGUUAUAAGCAUUCUGACUUAUUUUAUUCUGGCUGGCACUUUGUGAUAUUUGUAUGCAGGCCAGAAAUCGGUUCCAUUGGUAAGCAUUGUGGAGUAUACAGACUAGUGUGCAGGGCAUAAGUGCCUUUCUUCCUGUGAUUUGAUUUAUAAACCUUAUGGUCUUUUUUUAAUUUGCAGACCCUGAUAACUCAAAUUAAAAGGUACAAUAGGAUGACUAUGUUAUAAAUUUCUAAUAUGAAAAAUUUUAUUUACAAAGUCUUUUCUUACAUUUAACUUGAUUUUUUGUAUGCUAUCAAAUGGAUCCAAAUGACCCCUGGAAAAAAGUGAGGUGAAUUUUGGAAAGCAACAAUUAUUUAGGCAUCUGAUUUAAUAGUACUUAGGUGUGGAAACAUAAAUCUCUAACAAACUUUUUUUCAAGUAAGUAACUUUAAAAGAAGUUUAAAAU